GAUAAGUCCUUCAGGCAGCAGCCGAUGAACGACUUCUUUCGCUGUAUUUUCGAUGUUAGUGUUUGUAUUUUAGCACUGAAAGAGAAGUUUUAACUUAUGUAAUUUUGUUAUUUAACGACUGGAUUUAGUUUUUUAUAAAACAAAAAAAAAAGCCGAACUUGUUUCCUGGCUUCUUCUGAGAUUAUUUAAUAUUAUUUUCCACCGAUUACAAUUCGAGGUGUGUCCUUGAAGUUAAAGGUAUGGACACACAUCCAGUGCAGCAGAGAGAGCUCUUGUCUGCUGCGGGUAGCUAGCCAUGCCAUGCUAGCUAGGUGUCUUAUCCUGCUGGACCCAUCCCUUUGACCUGAAUCUUGGUCAUAACCUCCAGGACUUUCAUUUAAGUCCUCCUUGGCCCUCUUUGGACUGGACCAUGGGUGAAAAACGUGCACAGUCCUUUCACAUGACAUGCCAUGUGCAACGCGACUAUGGCAGCAGGAUGGGAAGCUCCUUUAUAAGUUGCAGACCCAACGGAUAUGCCAGCACGAGCCUCAGCCGAAGCCUGGAACAGGAGAUGGAUGCUAACCCUGCCGCCUCCAUCGGCACUACAACUACUAGUUCCGCCCUGCGGGCUCCUGCACCUAGCAGAAGCCACUUCUAUCCUGUUUCACAGGAACUGGACCCCACAACGGUGAAUAAUGGAUCAGGCUUUCCCUGCUGUCCACCAGCGGACACAAAGGACACGGCGCUGCAGACCAUACACAGCCGGCCCUCCAUCACCUCUGGCCCUCCACCUCUCCCUCCUUCGAGCUGGCUGCAUCAUCAUCAAAAGGAUUUCCAAAGCCCUUACCUAAAUACUAGCAUGCAGGGGGAUGUUUACAACUUCCUAGAGAGACCUGCUGGAAUGAAAUGCUUCCUCUACCACUUCCUCGUCUUUGUCAUGGUCCUGGUGUGUCUAAUCUUCAGUGUCCUGUCCACUAUAGAGCAAUAUGCAGAAUUUGCUACAGGAACCCUCUUCUGGAUGGAGAUUGUGCUGGUGCUGUUCUUUGGCACAGAGUAUGUGGUCCGGCUGUGGUCGGCAGGCUGUCGCAGCAAAUAUGCAGGCAUCAAAGGACGCCUCCGCUUUAUCAGGAAGCCCAUAUCAAUCAUAGAUUUGAUAGUGGUCAUUGCUUCGAUCAUUGUGCUUGGUGUAGGAUCCAAUGGCCAAGUGUUUGCCACGUCUGCCAUCAGGGGCAUCCGUUUUCUCCAAAUCCUGCGCAUGCUACAUGUGGAUCGACAGGGAGGAACAUGGAGGCUCCUGGGAUCUGUAGUCUUUAUUCAUCGACAAGAGCUGAUCACCACCCUGUACAUCGGCUUCCUGGGCCUGAUCUUUUCCUCCUACUUUGUCUACUUGGCGGAGAAGGAUGCUGUGGAUGAGGAGGGCAAGACGGGCUUCUCCAGCUAUGCCGAUGCCCUGUGGUGGGGCGUGGUGACUGUCACCACAAUCGGCUACGGAGACAAAAUUCCUCAAACGUGGAUAGGCAAGGCCAUUGCCUCCUGCUUCAGUGUCUUCGCCAUCUCCUUCUUCGCUCUGCCUGCAGGUAUCCUGGGCUCAGGGUUUGCCCUGAAAGUCCAACAGAAGCAGAGACAGAAGCACUUCAACAGACAGAUCCCUGCUGCAGCCUGCCUCAUCCAGACACUUUGGAGAUGCUAUGCAGCAGAGAAACCAAACGGCUGUGCUGUGACAUGGAAAAUGUAUGUUCUAACUCCAGUGCCUGUCACCACAGUGGAAUCUGACAACUUCAGCCCUUGCGUCAGGAAACUGAACAUAUCGAAAAAAGGGACCAAGAGGAGGUUGAAGUCCAGAGGUAAUGGCUCUAUGGGUGUGGUAUCAGAGAGAGCUGUAUCGAUCCCCCAGAUCACCUACGAUCACAUUGAUGACUCUGAGCAGAAGAAAGUAAACAGUGGCGCUAUCCUGAUCCCCUUAGACCCAAGAUGGCUGCCAGGUGUCUUCACUAGACCAGAUGGAAGCCAUUACAGUCUCAGUGGAAUCACCAGAAUGUUCAGACAAACAGGCCCUCCUCAACAUUCUUGGUCGUCUUUCACUCUGAGCUGCCCUGGCUCUCCAGUGAGAAGGAAUCAUGAUGACAGCGCCUCCAUCGACAUCUCCCGUGCCAACAGCUUAAGCGAUGAGCUGGACUACAUGACUGAGGACAUUCCCCUGCCGGUGGUGAAAGCUCAGUUGUCCCAUGCACAGAGAUCAGCUGUAAAAGUCCUCCGCAGAAUGCAGUACUUUGUGGCCAGGAAGAAGUUUCAGCAAGCACGGAAGCCCUAUGAUGUGCGGGACGUGAUCGAGCAGUAUUCCCAGGGUCACCUCAACAUGAUGGUCCGCAUCAAGGAACUGCAGAGAAGGCUUGACGGCACACUGGGGAAGCCAGGAAUGUUUCUUCCAGGAAAAGGAGACGAUAAAGAAUACCCAACUAUUGGAGCGCGACUGAUCAGGCUAGAAGAUAAGGUCCACCAGAUGGACCAGAAAAUGGACUCAGUCCUGCGGAUACUGAUGGAGCAGUUUCCACCAAAGCCGGAGCUGAUCUCCAAGCCCUCCAUCCGCCGGGUGACCAUCCAGAAACGCAUGGGUGCCAGCAUCGACGAGGAGCUCUGAUCCCGCAGCGAUGGUCACACCUGGUAUUAAAGGACAAUUAAAGGACCAGGAUUCACGUAAAUAGCCUAGCCCCCUACAUGAGUGGCACCUGCAAAUAAGAAAGGGACUCUGUCUUCCAAAACCCCCUCCCUCUCUUCCAUUUGCAAUCCCAAAUUUUCUCAUUGACUUUUGACUACUGAGUAGAGAACAACUUCUACUUGGCGCUGCACUUGGCGCUGCAUUGCUCUGGGCCAUGAGGCCACGGAGAGUGGGAUUCAUGGGAUUCAUGGGAUGGUGUAGAAAGAAGGUAACGGGCCUCUUCCUGUGUUGGCCAUGUUUGGGUCUUUUUUUGUUUGUCUAAAUGUAACUUUCUCUUCUACACCAGCAUUGUGAGCCCGCAGUCAUUCAAGCAGCGACACGCUACAUGAAUUUAUUUCCCUACAUUAGGCUCAUAAUCACACUCAGAUAAUGGUAAUUUAUGUGUGGCCUGUCACUGAGCUGCAUUCCUCUACUCCAAAUAUUAUUCCAAAGCUAACUAACCCAGUAAUGAAGUCGUAAUGCAAUCAACGCACUCAAGUUCCCCAAAGACGCAGAGAAAAACUGAGAGUCCAGCCAUGGCAGAGGCAAUUCUCAAAUCCUUCUGAUUAUCCUGGCACCAUCCACACCCAGUACACAACAGGGUUAUUUCCAUAGCCACAUUUCCAUCUAGCCUAACUGUACUUAGGCUGCGGCGGGUGUUUGUUAGUAGUGAUCGAAUAACACGAGGAGGGAAGGGCAGAUUAUCUGUUGACUUUCCCCUGUGUUAGGGACCAGAAGGCUGGCGUAAAAGAAAUUGAAUUUAAGAAAGGUGUAUGGGGUGGGUGGCUAACAUGGUGCUGAUUCACGCUACAUUGAAGUUAAUAAAAAUAGUCAAACUGUGGUUACAGGGCCUGGUACUGCAUUACAGAAAUACAGUCCGAAGUUAGGGCAUGGUCUCUUAGCUUGCGCCAAGAUUUUCACUGAGAGAUUUCAUGCGUAUAUCAAUCUCAAACACUUUUAGCAGCACCACUACUCACUCCACCCUGCUUAAUAUCCUCUAUUACCCUCUUCAGGGGGCUCACACUGCUGUGUGCAAUUUGAAAUAAAUUUGCCCCAUUAAAGCUCUGAUUAUUUUUUCUCUGCAGAGCUAAUUAAGUGCUGAAUUCCUGGUAAGGGGAGAUUACUCACUGUGAGCGACUAAUGAAAAGAAACAUGGAAAAUGUGCAGAAUUUAAACAGUAAGCUUUGAGGAGCAGGCUCACUAAUUCUGUGUGAAAGGUUUAGAAAUAUCAGGAUACCACUGGGAGCACACGUUUGAAAUUAAAAGACAAUGCUCUCACUUUGUUCCCAUUCUCAUAGUAUUUAUCUGAAAGGAUGCCAAGGCAUGUAGGAAGUAGAAAAUAGAAAAUAACUCAAUUAUAAAGCUACUGUAUGAAAGGCCUCCCAUAAUUAUAGCAUGCACAUUCCUAAAGAGACGGAUGCACACACAAAAGAGGGGUGAACAAGGGAAGGGAGACAGGCCUUCUCUCUGCACUAGUAUAUAUUUGCAUUUUUUUGCAGUGUUAAAAAAAGCUAUUUAUCUUACAUUAAAUAAAAUGGUUGUAUUUUAAAGGCACUCUAAUUUUGUGACAGACCUUGAUACAAAUCCGCCUGUCUAUUCUCCUGUACAGUUUAUAAGAGUUGUAAAUAGAAACAUUGCCUUAUUGUAUUUUAUUUAUUAUCAUGUGGAAAGAUCAACCUGGAACAUGUGUGCUUGUUGGAGCAAUGAGAAACACAGAGAGUAAGGCUCCUGUUGUACAGAGGGAUGGAAAUGAUUGUAAAUGAUAUUCACGCACACCCUCUGCACUGUAGUUCUGCUGUAAAUAAUAAAACUCCAUUUCAUUA